CCCUGGGGAUGGGCACGGACCAACCCCAGGGCUGUGGCACGGGAGGGUGGCAGAGCAGGGGCAGCUCGCCCGCUGUCCCCAUCCCGUGUCACGGUGACUCCUGCUGGCUCUGCACAUCCCCCAAGCCCCCGGCUCCCACUCGGCCACGGAGAAGCCAGCAGAGCCCUUUUCCUGAGCACGGGCGACAUUCCCGAGGGGAUCCCUCAUCCCAGCCCAGGACAGCCGCGGACCCAGCCGCGCUCCGGCACGGGAGCCAGGACAGCAGCCGGAGCUGCCGAUGCCGCGGCACACCUGGAGGGAAUUAGGGCGCCCUUCACCUCCCCGCCAACCUCGUGUAGAGCGAAUUCCUGCGGUUUCCCAUCGCAAUUGCUGCAAAUUAUACGAGAGCCACGUUUCGUUUCAUCCCGACGGGAACGUGGCCCUGGCCAGUGCCACUCGGAGCUGCCGCCACGCCUGGCCUGGGGGACCCUUCCAGAGCCCCCACCACAAUUUUCCUUCUUUUCCCCUGAUCCCGUGGGAGGUGGGGGUGCGGGGCUGGGGGUGGGGAGCAGAUGUGCGCGCAGCUGGAUGCGUGCCCAGAUGUGCAGGGGGAGGGGAUGCCGGGGGUGAUGGGCUGCCCUCGAGGGGCUUUUCAGAGGCCGCCAUCGGGCCGGGGACCCCCGCCCGGUGCCAGCGCUGCCGCCAGCCGUGCGGCCAUGUGUGUUAUGCACACACACGUGCACGCCCAUCUCCGUGCCUUUCCACGCACGGAUGCGUGUCCUGGUGCAUUCCCGCACCUCCCCGGCCGCGCUCAGCUCUCCGGGGGUGCCCCCAACCACGGGGACCCCCUUGGUCCUCCACCACCAGCGAGUCCAGUCCUCCGGGCCGGCAGGAGCGCCCCCUCGCUCCGCCGCGCGGACACGUCACUUCCUGCGGCGGCGGCGGAAGGCGGAAGUGCCGCUGUGGCCGGUGCCGGGUCGGGGCGGGCCCGGCGGGGCCAUGGCGGGCACGGCCGGCUGAGGGGACCGGGGCACCGGGCGCUCCGAGCCGGCCGCAGGGCUCGGGGAGCGGCCACAAACCGGCUCCCCCGGCGCGGGGAUCCUCCGCCGCGGGCCAUGGCGGCGGCGGCGGCGGCUGGUUCCAACUGGGGCCUGAUCAUGAACGUGGUGAACAGCAUCGUGGGGGUGAGCGUGCUCACCGUGCCCUUCUGCUUCCGACAGUGUGGGAUCCUCCUGGGGGCCGUGCUGCUGAUCUUCUGCUCGUGGAUGACCCACCAGUCCUGCAUGUUCCUGGUGAAGUCGGCCAACCUCAGCAAGCGCAGGACCUACCCCGGCCUCGCAUGAUUGGGCUGAUGCUGGGCACUUGCAUCGCGUUCUACGUCGUCAUCGGCGAUUUGGGCUCCAACUUCUUUGCCCAGAUGCUCGGAUUGCAGGUGUCGGGCCUGUUCCGCAUUGUGCUGCUCUUCGCUGUCUCGCUGUGCAUUGUCCUUCCCCUGAGCCUGCAGAGGAACAUGAUGGCCUCCAUCCAGUCCUUCAGUGCCAUGGCUCUCAUCUUCUACAGCGUGUUCAUGUUUGUGGUCGUGGUGUCCUCCUUCAAUCACGGGCUCUUCAGCGGGCAGUGGCUGCAGCGAGUCAGUUACAUGCGCUGGGAGGGCAUUUUCCGCUGCAUCCCCAUCUUUGGAAUGUCCUUUGCCUGCCAGUCUCAGGUCUUGCCUACUUACGACAGCUUGGAUGAGCCGUCUGUCAAAAUCAUGAGCUCCAUAUUUGCUUCUUCCCUAAACGUGGUCACCACCUUUUACAUCAUGGUGGGCUUCUUUGGCUACGUGAGUUACACCGAGGCCAUUGCUGGCAACGUCCUGAUGAACUUCCCUUCCAACGUGGUGACGGAGAUGAUCCGAGUGGGAUUCAUGAUGUCGGUGGCCGUGGGGUUCCCCAUGAUGAUCCUGCCCUGCAGACAGGCACUGAACACCCUGCUUUUUGAGCAGCAGCAGAAGGACGGCACCUUCGCUGCCGGGGGCUACAUGCCCCCGCUCCGCUUCAAAGCCCUGACGCUGGCUGUUGUGUUUGGAACCAUGGUCGGAGGCAUCAUGAUCCCGAAUGUGGAAACAGUCCUGGGCCUGACAGGUGCGACCAUGGGAAGCCUCAUUUGUUUCAUCUGCCCAGCUCUUAUUUACAAGAAGAUCCACAAGAAUGCGCUUUGUUCACAGAUUAUCCUGUGGAUUGGGCUGGGCAUGCUGGUGAUCAGCACCUACACCACCCUGUCUGCCACCAAGGAAACCCCUGUGAGGACGGAAGCAAUGGGCUUGGAACACCUGGACAGAGAGGAGAACAGAAUUGACCAGGAUUCAGUCAAACUUCCAGAGCAGCACCCGGUGGUGGAGGAGCCCGAGGAUGACCGUGAUAAACCCAAAGUGCCUGAGAAGGAGGAGAUGGAGCAGCCACAGAUCAAGGUGCCCGUGCAGGUGCCCAAGAGGGAGGAGGAGAGAGGAAAGGUGGAAGAGAAAGUGCAGCUGGACCGUCCUGAUCAAGGGAUUGCUGUGCCCGUGGGGGAGGCUCAUCGCCACGAGCCCCCAGUCCCACAUGAUGAGGUGGUCGUGGACAUGGGGCGGGAGCGGGAGGAAUCCAGCGAGAACAAAGUGGCUCCCGGAGCAGCCAACGACCGUCUGCUGGAGGAGCCAGCUAGGCUGAAGCCCCAGAAGGAGGCACUGGGCCCUAAACAAGGGAAGGAAGUGGUUGCUGAGAACCAGCCACGGGGAGGGACCGGUGGGCCCGUCCCAAACCUGGAGAAGGCCCCGGAGGCAGCGGUGCAGCAGGGGGCAAGGCCGCCCUACAAGGAGCUGCAGCCAGGGGAAGCCAAGGCACAGGCGGCCGUGCUGGAUGGUGACACUGCCGAGGCUGCUAAGCAGGACCUGUCACAGCUCCAGCUCCCCAGGAAAGCAGAGGAGGCUGCAAAGUCCGUGGAGAAGGAAGCAGACCCUGGUGAGAAGCAGGAGCUGCCCCUCCCGGAGAGAGCAGAACUGCUGGAGAACCAGAACACUGAGGAGAAGCAGGAGAAGGCAGGGGAAGCAGGGCCAGCAAAACUGCUGGACCACAACGUGCUGCUUCAGGUGAUCAAGGAGCAGCAGGUGCAGCACAAGCAGCUCCUGGACCAGCAGGCAAAGCUGCUGGCAGUGAUCGAGGAGCAGCACAAGGAGAUCCACCAGCAGCGGCAGGAGGAGGGGGCAGAGGAGAAGCCAAAGCCAGCAGAAGCACAGCUGGAGCCUGCCGUGCCCCUCUCCAGGAGCAGGGAGGACGAGGGCCUCGGAGCCAAGGGAGACAUGGCUGGGAAGGUGCUGAGCAGGGAGCAGCCAGGCCAGCAGCACCCUGAUUCCACCAAGCAGCACAGGGACACGGUGGGCAAGCUGGAAGAGGCUGGGCAGAGGCGUGACAUUCCUGUGGCUGCUCCCAAGGAGCGGAAGGUGCCGCUGCAAGAGAAUGACAGAGCUGUUAAGAAUCCCGUGGAGAACCGGGAUCCCCUCCACGGGGAUGGCCAGCGUGUUCCAGCAGCCAGAAACCACCUGGAGAAAAAGGCCUUGGCAGAGGAUUUGGGAGGAGAACGUGAAGCCAAAGCUGGAAGAGAUGUCCACCAGAAGAAGAAUUUCCUGAAACCCGUGGAAGCAGCUACAGCUCCCAUCCAAAGAGAACAGCCGGGGGCUGCCAAAGUUCAGGGAGUAGCAGGAAAGAGUUUGGAAAGAGACUCAGGAACAGACCUUAAAGCCAAAACUCUGAGUCAGGUGGAGCCCAAGGAGCUGGCAGCGGUGCCGGACUCUUCCAGUAACAGGAAUGUGGCAGUGAGGGAGCAGCACCCCCGGGAGAGGGAGCGGCAGAGAGGGGCGCAGGCCGAGGGAGCGGGCGGGCGGCAGCGGGACCCGCCCGCCCGCGGGCACGGGAAGGAGGAGGAGCCCCGGGAGGAGCCGGGGGCCCGGCAGGGCCGUGGGGGUCCCUCCAACGGCGCCCCUCAGGAUGCUCCAGCAGGGAAGUCUGAGGACGGAGCGGCCGCCCCCAGGGAUCCGGAGCGCGACGUGAAACCCAACCGGGAGCUGAAGCUGCAGGGGGGCCUGGACCUGCGCCGCAGGAGACGCGACCUGCUGCCUCCCGAGCAGGAGGAGGAGGGUGGGGAGGAGGGGGCGGCUGCAGCAGGAGCGGGGGGGGUCCUGAUCGGGCUGAACCCCCUUCCCGACGUGAAGGUGAACGACCUGCGGAGCGCGCUGGAGACGCGGCUGAGCCGGGUGGCCGAGGGCGCGCAGCACCUGGCGCGCAGCCGCCACAUCCAGCAGGUGACACAGGACAGGAGCCCCUGACGGCGACGGCUCGGCCUCACCGAGCCUGGAGAGAGCUGAGCCAGCUGCACUUUGCUGGACGCAGUGCUGGGAUCCACAGGAUCUUCAGCAGCACCCCCAGCGUGUGCCUGCGGGCGGCCGAGGAGAUGGUGGCACUGGAAGUGACAUUCCUGCUGUCCCCUGCCUUCCAGAGCUGCCAUCCACCUCGGCUCCCUGCCAGGCUGCUGCUCUGAGGACCUUUUCCAGCAUCUCAUUCACAUCCAAUUGCCUUCUCCAACCAUGUCCCAACUCCUCUCAGAAGCAGGAAGGGGCUCCAUGGCCCCGCUGUGCCGAGGGGACCUGGGAUCCACCCACACCUCGGGAAGGGCUUCACCCAGAGAAGCCGUGAGCUGAGGAGCAGCAGAGGCAGCUCCAGUGCUGGGCUGCGAGCAGAGCCGCCUUUGUUUGGGCCACAGUGGUGGUUUAGGAACCUCAUUUAGUAGAAACGCUGCCUUAACUGGGCACAGCUCCUGUUGUGCUGCCUCUCUCCCAGGGAUGGGGUUCCUUGGCCACACACCAGGGUCACACAGAGCUCUGCCCCGCUGCCCUCCCUGGGUGCUCCUCUCUGUGCUCUCCAGCUCCACUUCCCCUCUCAAAAGUGCAUUAAGAAGCUCAACUUCCCCCCAAGCCAGCUUGAUUCUUCUGCCAGAGGUGAGUGGUCUGGGAGAAAGCGUGGCAGAGCCGGGUGGAUCCAGGGGCUCCACCUCCCUCUGCCUGUGUUCCCUGUGCUCUUCCCAGCCUCCCCCAGCCCUGUUCUGAUCCAGACAGGUCCCUGCUCCACCUCUGGGAAUUUGUUUGGUGAGUGAGGAAGGGAGGAGCUUCCCCAGAGCUCUGUGUUGUUUCAGGCUCCCAGUGAUUCAUCCCUUGGGUUUUUUUGGGUUUUGUGUUUUUACACCCUGACCUGCGAAUGUACGGAAUUCAAUCCCAAAGCUCUCCCAGACCGGCUGAGAAUUCCCAGCCUGGAGCCCUCAGACCUCAUCACUGUGGUGGGUUUUAUAUCCCGACCUCCAACUGUCUUUGGCGACCUCGAGUCUGUGUCCAGUGGGAGCUGGGACGGGGUGGGACUGUCCCUGCCUGGUGCUCCCGGGGUGUCACAACCCAGAGGGACAGGGAGCGACCUGGGGAGUCCUUUGGGAAGAGCCCCGGGAACACUGUGGCCUUAAACCCCCCGAACCCAACGAGCUUCUCCAUGAACGCUGUCCAAGCACAAGCAGCAGGGCCGGGAGGCAGGGCCGGCUCUGGAGCAGCUCCAGGGCUGCCCCGGGGAGGGGAUCCGCCUGUUUGUUGUUCUCUGUGUGAACAGAAGGGACCAAAGAUGCUCCUGGCAUCAUUCCUGCUCCUGGGAAUGGCGUGGGCACCCCGGGCCGGGCUGGCAGCUGCCUUGUCCCGCCGGGACCGGCUCCCCCGGGGCGGGUGGAACGCUGGCACGGAGAGCCCGGAGCGCGGGCCG